AUGGGUAAGACACAGAAGAAAAAUAGUAAAGGUCGUUUGGAUAGGUACUAUUACCUUGCGAAAGAAAAAGGUUACCGUGCUCGUUCUUCUUUUAAGAUUAUUCAAAUCAAUGAAAAGUUUGGCCAUUUCUUAGAAAAAUCCAAAGUUGUCAUUGAUCUUUGUGCUGCACCUGGUUCAUGGUGUCAAGUCGCUUCAAAAUUAUGUCCUGUAAAUUCUCUUAUCAUUGGUGUUGAUAUCGUACCAAUGAAACCAAUGACAAAUUGUAUUACUUUCCAAAGUGAUAUUACUACUGAAGAUUGUCGAUCCAAGCUAAGAGGUUAUAUGAAAACAUGGAAAGCUGACACCGUUCUACAUGAUGGUGCCCCUAAUGUUGGUUUAGGUUGGGUGCAAGAUGCCUUCACUCAAUCGCAAUUGACUUUGCAAGCCUUAAAAUUGGCUGCCGAAAACCUAGUUGUCGGUGGUACUUUCGUUACAAAAAUCUUCAGAUCUAAAGAUUAUAAUAAAUUAAUUUGGGUUUUCCAACAAUUAUUUGACAAAGUUGAAGCUACUAAACCACCGGCUUCAAGAAAUGUAUCUGCAGAAAUUUUCGUCGUUUGUAAGGGUUUCAAAGCUCCAAAGAAAUUGGAUCCAAGAUUAUUAGAUCCAAAAGACGUUUUUGAAGAAUUACCUGAUGGUCCACAAAAUAUGGAAUCCAAGAUCUACAAUCCAGAAAAGAAAGUUAGAAAGAGACAAGGUUAUGAAGAAGGUGACAACUUACUUUAUCAUGAAAAAGAUAUUAUUGAAUUUGUUAAGACAGAAGAUCCUAUCACCAUGCUUGGUGAAACUAAUAAAUUCACAAUAAACAAAGAAGACCAUGAAUGGAAUAUCUUGAGGAAAAUGAAACAAACAACAAAGGAAUUCCUACUCUGUAUUGAAGAUCUGAAAGUCUUAGGUAAGAAAGAUUUCAAAAUGAUACUUAAAUGGAGAAAAGCUGCUAGAGAUUUAUUGGGAAUAGAUAAGGAAAAUGAAAAGCCAGAAAUUGAAGUCACUCCGUUGACUGAAGAAGAACAAAUUGAAAAAGAAUUACAAGAUUUACAAGAGAAAAAGAAACUAUCUCAAAAACGUGAAAAGAGAAAGAAGAAUGAAACGAAACAGAAAGAAUUGGUCAGAAUGCAAAUGAACAUGCUAACACCUACUGAUAUUGGUAUUGAAGCUGCCAAUCUUGGUAAGGAAUCCCUCUUCAAUUUGAAAACUGCUGAAAAGACUGGUAUUCUUUCUGAAUUGGCUAAAGGUAAGAGAAGAAUGCUUUUCACUGAUGAGGAAUUGACCAAAGAUGAUGAAAUUCAUAUCGAUGAAAAUUUAGUAAGGGAACGUGAUGACAUGGUAGAUGCAGAUGAUUUGGAAAAAGAAUUAGAUUCCAUGUAUCAAAGUUAUAAGUCUAGAAGAGCUGAAAGGAAUGCUAACUUCAGAGCUAAACAAGCAAGAGGGGGUGAUAAUGAAGACGAAUGGGCUGGAUUUGGAGAGAAAGACCAGGAAAAUGGAGAAGGUGCAGAAGAACCUAAAGAUUAUAUUGAUGAUGACAAUGAUACAGAUCUUUCUGAUUCUGACGAUGAUGAUGAUGCCAUCAAUUCUUUGAUUAGUAAAAUAAAGGGCACGUCUGGUGAUAGUAAAUUAAGUUCUAAAGCUCGUAGAUUAUUUAAUGAUCCAAUCUUCGAUAAUGUUACUGCAGAUUUACCUAGUAAAAAUGAUGAUUUUACCUCCUCAGAAUCUGUUGGUGAUCUUUCGAAAGUUAGUAAGAAGAGGAAAAUUCAAGAAAUUCAAAAAAAUGAUUCUGAUAGUAGCGAUGAAGAAGAAGAUAGUGGAUCAGAUUUCGAACUUGUUGCGAAUGAUGUCACCACUGAUGAAGCAUUCGAUUCUGAUUAUGAUUCUGAAGAAGAAAGGAAACAAACUGCGAAGGAGAAACACUCUGCAGAUAUCGAUAUUGCAACAGUAGAAGCAAUGACAUUGGCUCAUCAAUUGGCAUUAGGUCAAAGAACAAAGCAUGAUUUGGUUGAUGAAGGGUUUAAUAGAUACGCUUUCCGUGAUACAGAAAAUCUUCCAGAUUGGUUCCGUGAAGAUGAGAAGGAACAUUCCAAGAUUAAUCGACCUAUUACCAAGGAAGCUGUUAUGGCUUUGAAAGAAAAAAUGAGAGCAUUGAAUGCCCGUCCAAUUAAGAAGGUAGCAGAAGCUAAAGCUAGGAAGAGAAUGCGUGCAGUUGCUCGUCUAGAAAAGAUUAAGAAGAAGGCAGGUUUGAUUAACGACGAUAAUGAUAAAUCUGAAAAGGAUAAAUCUGAAGAAAUUGCCAAAUUAAUGCGUAAAGUUACAAAGAAACAAAAGCAAAAACCACGUGUUACAUUGGUGUAUGCAUCGGGGAAGAACAAAGCUUUAUCUGGUAGACCAAAGGGUAUUAAAGGUAAGUAUAAGAUGGUUGAUGGUGUUAUGAAAAAUGAACAAAGAGCAUUGAGACGUAUUGCCAAGAAGCACCAAAAGAAGAAGAAGAGAACUUAA